AUGGAUAACCAAGGAACUUGUGGCACCCAACACUCCUCAGACAUUGCCGCUCCUACACUCAGUGGAGCUGCUACAAAAUUGGUGAAAGACCAAAAAAAAAUGAAAAAUAAGAGGAAGAAAUCUUUAUCUCCCAAUACAACCGUUACCAGGCCGAACAAAGAUUUGAAGCUGGUCGCACCCUCAGCAUCAACUAGCAUGGCAAACUCUAGCAACAGGUUUGCCUUGCUAGACAUGGAUAUGGACAUGGAAGUUACCAGUGGAAGCCAUGUUGACGAAAGUUCUAGAGUUACAAAUGAAGGUCCUACUAAAGCUUCUGAGGCUGCUCAUCAGAAUAUUACUAAUGAUAGUACUGAUGCAAGUGACACAGCCAACAACUCACAACACAACGUAUCCAAUACGAACAAUCAUCUUAACAAUACCCCAAAGCCACCGCAAAUAGUUCCAAAUACUGCCGUCGUCAUCCCAAUUGUGCACGAUGUGGUGAAGAUCAUCUCACCAAGCUAUGCGCACGUUCCCAAGAUGAACAGCCUACCUGUAUCCACUGUAAUGGGAAUCAUAUGGCAAGCUAUUAAGGAUGCCAGUGCAAGAAACGGCAACCAACCUGCCCAGCGCCGUCUACAUGAUCUUCAAGCGCAACUACCAAAAGAAAAUAUUAUGCAGCAGCAGCAUCCAGUUGACGUUCAGUCACUAUUGGAACAACAGCAACAGCAAUUUUUGAAAGGGCAACAACAGCUGCAAAUACAGCAGCAGCAGCAAUUCCUCUUAUGGCUUCUGGAGCAGGAACGGGAACAACAACAACAAAACAAGCAAAACAGUCAACGACUAGAACGGCUCGAGAAAUCGGUUCAUGAAAUGGCCAACAUGAUAAAGCAAUGGACUGGGGAUACAUCGACUCGCCAGCUCUAUAUAAACGCCUCAGCGUCACAAUGA